AGAGUGACAGAGCGCUUUACGACAGUUGCUUUGCGGCAAUACCGGAGGAGGAAGAUGGCGGCCACCUUAGUAGCAGCUGGGGGAACCAGGCCGGCACCAGCUUGGGGGCCUGAGGCUAUUGCCCCCGACUGGGAGAACCGGGAAGUUUCCACAGGGACCACUAUCAUGGCUGUGCAAUUUGAUGGGGGCGUGGUUCUAGGAGCCGACUCCAGAACAACCACUGGGUCGUACAUUGCCAAUCGAGUGACUGACAAGCUGACCCCUAUUCAUGACCGUAUUUUCUGCUGCCGCUCAGGCUCAGCAGCUGAUACCCAAGCAGUAGCUGAUGCAGUCACUUAUCAGCUUGGUUUCCACAGCAUUGAGCUGAAUGAGCCUCCACUGGUGCACACAGCGGCCAGCCUCUUUAAGGAGAUGUGUUACCGAUACCGAGAAGACCUGAUGGCAGGAAUCAUCAUUGCCGGCUGGGACCCCCAAGAAGGGGGACAGGUGUACUCGGUGCCCAUGGGGGGUAUGAUGGUACGACAGCCCUUUGCCAUUGGGGGCUCCGGGAGCUCCUAUAUCUAUGGCUAUGUGGAUGCUACCUACCGGGAAGGCAUGACCAAGGAAGAAUGCCUGCAGUUCACUGCCAAUGCUCUCGCUUUGGCAAUGGAGCGGGACGGCUCCAGUGGAGGGGUGAUCCGCCUGGCAGCCAUUGCAGAACCAGGGGUAGAGCGGCAGGUACUUCUGGGAGACCAGAUUCCUAAAUUCACCAUUGCCACUUUACCACCUCUCUGAAUCCUGAGAUCCUAAGAUAUAAUGAGACACCCCAUACAUACCCCAUUCAAAGUUUAAUAAACAGUUCAUCAGUGAGAA